GGCCUGGCCACCGUGGAGGGAGGAGGUGUGUCGCUGCGGCUCACAAAGACGCCAAUGUAAUCCUCACUUUAAUACGUGCGCCCUUACAAAGGUUCCCGGAGCCAACGAUUACGGAGAUCCGAACACGCGACCUUCCGAAAAUACACACCAGUCAUACUUUCGCACACAGACACACAUAUAAAAAAAAAAUUACUAUUAAUCCAUCAAAAAAAAAAAAAAAGAAUAUUUGAAGUUUUGAAGUGAAGUGAUAUAAAAUAAAUACUAAUAAAAGAAAAAUGUAAAAAAAAAAAAAGGAAAAACCGUGAUAAUAGAAAAUAAGAAAAGGAAUACAACUAGAAAGGGAAAGAGGGAGAUAAAAAAAAAAUAAAGAAUAAAGGAAGAGUAAAAGAAGAUAAAGAAGUUUCAGGUGAAGAAUCAUUCCCAGGACGUUCACUUAAGGCGUGGAGGAGUGAAGAGGGUCUUGGCGCGGAUCGUGGAGGCGCGAGUGGUGGUCGUGGCUUCACGCCGAACAUGAGUCGUCCUCUGCCAAGGAGCAGCUCGAGGCUCGGCGUGAGGCUCCCCCCGCCCCCCUCCUGUGAGCAAGCCGCGCACUGACGCCCUCCCGCACAGGCCACGGCGAGCAGGUGGCGAGGUGUGAGGCGAGAACCAUCAGGCACCUCUCUGAGGCUGAGGCGGGUGGGGAUGGUGUGGUAGGGGUGGCGGGGGGGAAGGGAGCAGCCCGGACCAGCCACGAUGGGCCCCCCAGCAGCCGUGGCUCCGGGGCCCCACCCGUCCACUCUCCCACAGGGGAUCACCGCCCACCACGCCAGAAGUGGUGCCAGGGCGUGCCGGUGAAGUGCCGUAGCCUCAGUAUGGGCCUGGCGUGGGUGGUGUGGGCCGCGGUGGCCAGCGUCGUGGUGAGCGGCAGCCACCCUGACCAGGUGCUGAGCCGCACGGUGACCACCAAGUACGGCAAGAUCCAGGGCUUCAUCCGCCACCACGCCAAGUACCCGCUGCCGCCCGUAGAGGUGUUCCUGGGCGUGCCCUACGCCUCACCGCCCCUCAACGACGGUCGCUUCACGCCCACCAGCAGCCCGUUGCCCUGGGACGGCGUGCGGCGCUGUACAGAGCUGCCGCCUGCCUGCCCACAGCCCCUGCCGCAGCUGCACGGCGACGAGGAGUCUCCCGCCCGCGCCGCCCAGCUGGCCUCCCUCAGGCGCCUCCUGCAGCACCAGAGCGAGGACUGCCUCUACCUCAACAUUUACAGUCCGCACGACGGCGGCGGGCAGUAUCCAGUCAUGGUGUACAUUCACGGAGAGGACUUUCUGCGGGGCUCUGGCAACCUAUACGACGCCAGCGUGUUAGCAGCAUACGGCCAAGUGACUGUGGUGACUAUGAACUACAGACUUGGGCCCCUAGGCUUCCUCAACACACGACCAAACGCCAGCGGGCCAGGAGUAGUCGGGAACCAAGGGCUGAUGGACCAACUGGCGGCGCUGUCUUGGGUCAACGAGAAUAUAGCGCACUUCAGAGGAGACAGAAGCAGAGUCACUAUUUUUGGCCACGCCUCGGGAGCAGCUUGUAUAAACUACCUUAUCGUGUCUCCAGUUGUUGUGCCCGCACUCUUUCAACGGGCCGUCUUGAUGUCAGGCUCAGCGCUAAGCCCCUGGGCAGAAGUACAGGACCCUCUCUCGGUGACAGCUCGUCUUGCUAAGCUUCUCAACUGCUCUCUGCCCUCAAGCCUCAGCGACAGACACCCGGAGACCAUCAUGUGUCUGAGGAACGUCUCUGCAUCACGCCUGGCUACCCUCGACCUUCCAGAAUACAAGUUUACGUCUCUCUUCGGACCCAGUGUUGACAACGUGGUGGUAACGCAAGAUUUCAAGACCAGGAUGAAGAGGGUCUUAGAGAAGCGAGGACUCAGUGUAAUGUUUGGCGUGACGGAGGCUGACGGCUUCCCCCAGCUGAACAGAGAGCAGAUACAGGAAGGCUUGGACGUGUCAGCCAGGAACCGUCUAUUCAGAACGUAUGUGAGGAACGUCUACCAUCACCACCUACAAGAGAUCUACCUGGCCAUCACCAAGGAAUACACGGACUGGGGCAACCCGGCGCAGCAUCCCUACGUGAUAAGGAACUUGGCGGUGGAGGCAAUCAGUGACGGCUCCUACUUGGCGCCUCUCAUGGACUUUGGGGAGAUGGUGAGCACUCAGGCGCCCACUUACAUGUACGUCUACAGCCACGCCAACCACCACCACGACAAGGACAAGAAGCCGUUGGGAAGUCUGUUUGCUUCAGAGAUUCCCCUUCUGUUCGGAGCUCCGUUCAUGGAUGACCCGGGACACUGGACAGAUAAUUUUUCGAAACCGGACUUGCACGUUUCGGAAAUGCUCAUGAGAUACUGGACCAACUUCGCCAAAUCCGGGGACCCAAACCUUCCCGAGGAGACCAAGCCCGUCUACUCGUACAAGGACCGAGGCAGCAGACAGAAGAACGUGUCCUGGGAGCAAUAUGAGGCGGUGUAUGAGAAGUUCCUUGACAUUAGUUACCGUCCGAGGCUCAAGGACCACUACAGGGCUCACAAGGUCGCCCUCUGGAACUGGCUGAUCCCUGAGUUGGAGGAGGCUGGCUCAAAGUACCCGGAGUCAGACGAGGAGGCGUGGCACUCUUCAGAGGAUCCUAAACAUUUCAUUGGCCCAGUCAGACCUUUGGAUCCUUUUAGGUUCUUGCACACCACCACUGCCUCCAUUACCUCGGAGGCCCCCGCCCUGCCCACGCCCAGUGACGAGUAUCUGCCGCCCAAUGUGAGCGCCGCCCACGGGGGAGCGCCUAGGCUGGUGAACAGGUCCUCGGAGGCCGUAACGGGGGCUAGCGGGGGGCAGUUCCUUGACUACACCACAGCACUCACGCUCACUGUGGCCAUCGGGCUCUCCCUGCUGGUGCUCAACGCCAUUCUGUUCGCUGCGCUCAUCUAUAAGCGGGACAGGAACGCGCUGGGCCCCAAGAUCAAGUACGACAGCGCCUCCGCCCAGCCGCUGUGCACCGUGGACAGUGGCAUCCGCUCCGUGUCCACCCACGAGGCGCUGUCCUCCCCGGUGAAGGAGGGGAAGCAGGCGUGCGGCGUGGACCUGCAGUGCACGGAGCUGCACACCUUCCCCACGCCGCCUGACAUCGGCGACCGCAACACUGAGGUCACCUUCCACACCAGCAACUCCAUGCACUCCAUCCUCUCCCAGCCCACCAGCCAGUUCAUCCCGCCCCCGCCGCUGCUCGCCACCACGCCGCCCACGCCGCCCGUCUCCGCCCAGCUCAGUGACGGCAUGGAGGGCGGAGCUUGCUCCGGCGGCCGCUGCUUCCCGGAUGCCGCUAACGGACAGUACCCGGACAUCAACCCUAACGGCCAGUUCCCUCCUGACGUGGGCCAGUACCCCUCCGACAUGACCACCGGCCACUUCCCCGACCAGUAUCGCGGCAAUGGCGGCGGCGGUGGCGGAGGCGGCGGCGGCGGGAGUGGUGGCGGCAGUCAGUGCACGGAGCCAAGCAUAUCCGUAUACCCCACCACGUCGGCGUCGCAGUGCACGCAGUACUGCCACCACUACCCGCCCAGCGUCAGCCAGUACUCCUCCUCCACCGACCAGUACUCCAUAUCGGGCAGCCAGUUCUCCAGCCCCGGCGCGCCCUGCUCCACCUCGGCGUGUCAAUUCUCGGAGGCGGGCGUGCCGUGUCUGCCCAAACCCCCAUACCCAGAUGACGGCAACACGCCCGAGGUGGUGGCCAGUGCUGGAGGGCAGCGCGUCAGCCGGAGCGCUACGCUACAACGCGGCGCCUCCAUCAGGAAGCCUCAGCCGCCCCCGCGAGGCUCCACGCUGCCAUCCUACGCCACGCUGCCCCGCCAGAGCUCCAAGGAGUCCCUCUCUCACAUCAACGCCUGAACGCCGGGCCACCUUCCCCGCGGCCCAGUGACUCGUGACGCUCAAGUGACAGAAAACGGGAAAUGGUUUUUCACUGCCGCGUGGAGGAGAGAGGAUUAACACGCGCCGCUAUCUAUUUUUUCUUUCCUUUUUUCCACGAAUAGCGAGAAAUAUCGGUGGUGGUGACACGAACCACAAAACACCACGAGUUACGUACGUGUGUGUGUUUGUGCGUGAGCGUGUGCGUGUAGGUAAUAUUUUGUUGCGUUUUUCCUGUGCGCAUCCACGAGACAAGCUACGCACAGAACACUCCGGCGUGGGCUGGCUGAAAACUGACGAAAUUAAUCUGUGGAGGAGCAUUUUCUGGGUCUCACACUUUUCUUAUAUUAGCAGUAUGUGUGUGUGUGUGUGUGUGUGUGUGUGUGUGUGUGUGUGUGUGUGUGUGUGCUCGCGUGGUGAAAAUGCGUGUGUGUGUAUAUGGGUGUGUGUGCGUGCGUGUUUUAUUAAUGUGUCGCUCCAAAAUGAGACAUACGUAAGCAUCACUUUAGCCGCGACUCACCUCCGUGUUUAACUCUUGUUGUCAGCGAGGUAAGGCGCAGGUGAGGCAGGGAGGCACAGGUGAGGGAGGGGCCCACAGGUAACGAGGGUAGCCAGGUGUCCUCUCGUUACCUACAUCUCUCCCCAGUUCCUCGCCCCCCACCUGAAGAGAAAGAAGAAAUGUGAUUGUAACUUUGAUUCGUAAAAAAAAUAAUUUGCAAGAUAGAGGAACGAAGAAAGAAAAGAUGAAAAGUGAUUGUUUGUUCAUGACGGUGUUUGGUUUAAAGGUUCUCUUAUUAAUGGCACGGCUCACUUAUGCUUCACCCAAAUGAUUGAAAGUAAAUCGGUGAUGCUAAAAAGUUAACAAACUGAGGAUGUCACCAUCUUUGCGAAAUAUACAUAAAAGGAAGACAAAAGGAAAGAUUAGAGAAGGAAAAUUGCAAAUAAAAGUGUGUGAAAAUAUACGCGAAAACAUUUACACUUCCCCUCAUCAAGUCUUGAGAGGUAACCAAGGAGGGAGGUUAAAAAAGAAAGAAAUAACAGGAGAAAAAAAAGUUGGGAGAGAAAAAAAAUGACUUCAAAUCCUUCAAAAGAAAAACACCAACACAAUCACUUACAAGAAAAAGGGAAACAAAACAAACAGAGGCAGACGUGUUGGCCGUAACGAGGCUGUUUAACGAGAUAACCAAGUGUACGCUGCGAGAAAGACACACACACACACUCACCAGCCAUAAUCAAAAUACACCAUUAAGUUAACGAUACUCAGUUUACGGGCAGUUUUGCUCAUCUCGUGUACUCUCCGCGCUUCGAGAGAGACGGAAGGGAGAAACAGAGACGGCUAAAGGUGACAGUAUCUUCCCACGGUAUCCCCGCUGACCUGCACGUGACGGGAAAGUGACGGAAGUUUGAUGAAGUGACGGUAGUGUGACGGGAGUGUGACGGGAGUGUGACGGUACUCUAUCGUAUUCGCUCAAGGGACGUAAAGUGAAGGGAAGUAUAGGAUUUAGAACUUGCUCAACGUAAAAUAUAAUGUUCUCAAUUUAGCGAGUAGAGUGAUGAGAAGACACACAAAGGAACAUAAAGAAAGAAUUAACAACAGCAAACUUCCUACUGGUCUAAACGAGGGUGUUUGUGAUACGCUACACCUGUGCUUUUACUUACACUGGGAUUCCCUUUACUGAUUGGUGAAAAUGACUUGCUUCUACAGAUUUAACGAGAUACCAAGACCAUUCACCCUAAUAAUAUCUCUUUUCCAACACACAACGAUAUGUUAAACAUGCAGCUCUAAAUUAUAUCAAGCAUUCUUAAACAAUUCCUGGUUCUCGUGCAUAUUUCCUUAUAAGCACCUUCAUUUUUCCAAUACAGGAGAAAAAGUCGAUCACACUCAAAUGACUUGCUUCUACAGGUUCAACGAGAUGCCAACACUAAUCACCCUAAUAAUAACUAUGGCCCAGCACAUAUCGAUAUAUUAAACAUACAGUUCUAAAUUACAUCAAGCACUUUUAAGCAAUUCUCAAAAGGUUCUCAUGCACAUUUCACUGUAAUCACCUUCAUUUUUCCAAUACAGGAGAAAAAGUCGAUCAAACUCACGUCUAAUUUUUGGGUUUCUGAGAAAUUUACGAAUGCAGUGAAAAAAUAAGAGAUAAAUCGAAAUAAUACAUUCCUUUACCUAUAUUCCGUCGUGGUACAAUGAAACCAUGCAUGCUUUGGGCUCCGAGGGGUCUCCAAGCGCAUGGGUUCGAAUCCUGUCCACGGUCCGAGUGUAGGUUGGGCUUCCUCACUCGGGGCAAUGGUUUCCUAGCAGGUGGGCUUUGAGAUAGGAAGUACCGUGAAAAGCCCACAUGGUAUAAAUAAAAAAAAAAUAAAGCCACCUCAAUCUUUCCACUACAAAAAAAGAAAAGUGGCCUACAAAUAUAAAGCAUACUUUUUUUUUCGGCACCAAGACCAAAUUUCCAGGUACAGUUUCAAAAUACAAGACUCAAAUCAUAAUCUUUUCAACGUAUCACCUUUUAGUCAAACCACCGAAAAUAUUCCAGACAAACUCAAAAUAAACACAGGAGCAAAACAAUACGCUCAAUAAGUAAACGAAAAAGCCACCACGGACAUAUUUUCUUCAUUCUCAUGCACUUUUAACCUUUUAAGAAACCCACCGAAAAUAUUCCAAACUCAAAAUAAACACAGGAACAAAAUAAUAUACGUGAUAAAUCAACAAAAAAGUCACGAAAGACAAAAACAGACAAGAUAAACAAGAACACCAUCACCGCAAUUUUGGCAAACGAGGAAAAUAGAAAAUAGAAAGAGAAGAGGAAGAAAAAGAAAAGAGCGACAUUGUAACGGAGGUGAUAUUUAACGAUUACACGUGUCAUGAAGUGAGAGAAAGAUGGACAGGUGAGGGAGAGAGAGAGAGAGAGAGACAAACAGGUGAGAGAGAUAAACAGGUAAAAAAGACAGACAGGUGAGAAAGACGAACAGGUGAGAAAGAGAAGUAGAUGAGGAAGAGGAAGAGAAGCUAGAGAUGUGCAGGUGUGGAAGAGGCGCAAAUGAGACAGGUGUGCGUUGGUGAAGCAGGUGUGUACAGGUGAGCUGCAUUGAGAGUCCUGGGAUCCGCCUUCAGUGUUCGUGUACAGUACCGGAUCCUCCUGUGUGUGUGUGUGUGUGUGUGUGUGUGUGUGUGUGUGUGUGUGUGUGUGUGUGUGUGUGUGUGUGUGUGUGUGUGUGUGU